AUGCAAGUGUUUGGUCAUCCAGCUAGCGCCGUCCUGACUCCACUUUUAGUCUCCGGUCAACCUUUCCCCGACCCUCACCCUCCGCCGCCGUAUCCUCCGGGCGUCCCCGCUCCCCACAGCGAUGCCAGAUCCUUAUUUUCCCGAGAGUCGCUGGCGUCGACCACCCUGAGCCAGUUCGAAACGCAGUCCGUGUUCAGCGGCAGACACGACUGGCCGUACGGCUACCGCGUCCUGCCUCCGUUGGGACCGGCGGCGAGCUCCACCCAGGUCGCCUCCGAGGGCAGCGAGCAGAUAAGCCACCCGCCCGAAACGGCCUCGUCCGGCACCACGAGCGCCUCCGCCUCUUUGCCGUCGUACUUGUUCGCCGUGGACGUUACGAGCCCUAAGCAGCCGUGCUCAAAGAAGCGAGCGCUCUCCGUUUCCCCCCUGUCAGACGUCAUGGGUAUUGACUUUAACUCCAUCAUCCGCACCUCGCCGACCUCCCUCGUGGCGUACAUUAACGGCGCCCGGAGCUCUCCUUCGUCACACCCCGCCGCGUCGCCCGCUCACUCUGACAGUUAUGGUCAUUUCCUGGGCGUGCGAGGUUGUUCCAUCCCCCAGACGCAAACGUACAUCAACACAACUCAAGACUCUUCAAACCACCACAACCGAACCCAUGACCUUGAUUUAGGCAGCGGCCUCGAGAGCCAAAUGGCGAACAUGGCGGUGGAACAAAGCGCAGACAACAUGGCGCACGCCGGCCCAAACCCGACGCCAUUUCGGGCUGUGAAUCCGCACGAAACCGAAACCCCACUCGGGCCGCCGCCGCCUUAUCACUCCCAUCAGUAUCUUUACAGGCGGCACCAUAAACAACACCCCGAUUUCUCGCCGCAGAACCCGGCGGCGCCUCCGUUCAGACACGGCGUGAGCUUGUUGCCGCAGGUGCCCAUGCUGGAGGAAGAGGAGGGCGAGGGGGAGGAGUACGGCGGUCACGUGUGCAGGUGGACGGACUGCGGCGGCGCCUACGAUCAGAAGGACGAGCUGGUGAAGCACAUCGAGAAGCAGCACGUGGACCCGCGUAAGGCCGAAGACUUCACGUGCUACUGGGACGGAUGCGCGCGCAAACGCAAACCCUUCAACGCCCGCUACAAACUACUGAUCCACAUGAGGGUCCACUCCGGCGAGAAGCCCAACAAAUGCACGUUUGACGGCUGUAAAAAGGCCUUUUCUCGUCUGGAAAACCUGAAAAUCCACCUGAGGAGCCACACCGGAGAGAAGCCGUACGUCUGCCAGCACCCGGGAUGCAACAAGGCCUUCAGCAACUCCAGCGACCGGGCCAAGCACCAGCGCACCCACCUGGACACUAAGCCGUACGCCUGUAACGUGCCGGGCUGCGCCAAGAGGUACACGGAUCCCAGCUCUUUAAGAAAACACAUCAAGUCUCACUCAGUAAAAGAGCAGCAGCUACGGAAGAAGAUGAAAUCGUCCGUUGAGACCGACCAGGAUCUGCUGAUAGAUUGUUUAACCAUCCAGCCUCUCCGGUGUCUGUCCUCCGUCUCUUCUAACGCCUCAGAACCCACACGUUUCAAACCUCAAACCUCUUUCUUAGCUGCUCCACGGGGACAAAACUCACCUGGCGAUUCCCACCUGCUGCCGCUGAACUCUGUACCGGAUAAUUACAGGUUUGUGGAUCGCUCGCUGCUCCAGCUCUUUCCUGGAGAUCAGCUCAGCCCUUCCACCUGCUGCACACUUCCUCCUCCUUUUCCCACCGGGACGUCCCUGCUCCCCCGUCGGGAUCUGAACCCGUCCUGCCCGACCCCCGGCCCGCUGCGUCUCAACCCAGACGAGCGCAUGAACGUGUUGUCUCGUUCUUCGCGGUACGGCGAGAUGGCGGCGCACGGCGGAUCGAGUCACCUGAUGCAAGUUGACGCCUUUGUUGAGUUUGCAGUCGGUAAUCCCACCGGGGUCGGAGCUUCACAAACAGUCCCCUCCAUCUAA